CAGUGAGUUGUUCAUUUGGAAAUUGUUCAUUUUCAUCAGUCUUUGACUCGGUGGACUUGACUUCCCUUUUUUUCCAUUUUGUAAAACUGAAACGUUCCAGAAGUCUCCAGGAUUCGUCCCUUGUGUUUUUCUGUUUGACAGAAACAUGAACACUUUUACCAGCAGAACAUAAAUGUACAUAUAUGUAUAUUUUUGUGUUGCAGUGGCCACACCCUCUGCAGAUGAAACCACUUAUUCCAACGUCAAUUACUCAAAAACUCAGCGACCUGGCUCCAAACAACCUGCAGCAUCAAACAGGCGAUCAGGGGUCACAUCAGAGCGAGUGGCCCUGCUGGUCCUCAGUGUUCUCCUGGCAGCUGCCGUCACAGCUCUUGGUGUAACCCUUUAUAAAAAUACUCAAACCAUGAAGAGUCUCCAAAAGCUUCAAGAGGAAUGUGAGGCAAAACAUCUCCCAGAAAUACUCAGUAAGACAGAACCGUGCAAAGUGGAGCAGACAAGUAAACCUCCUCCAGUAAGAGAUGAAGCAUGUCCGAGGUGCGAGGACGGCUGGGAGCCACAUGGAGGAAAGUGCUACUUCUUCUCCUUGUUUACUUCAUCCUGGAAUCAGAGUAGAAGACAAUGCAGAUCAAUGAGAGGAGACCUGGUUGUGAUAAACAACAGAGAGGAGCAGGAAUUCCUGGUGUCUAGACUGAUGGAAAAAAUGGACAAUCCUGAGGACAAGUUCUGGAUCGGACUGACAGACUCAAAGAAAGAGGAUGAAUGGCUUUGGGUGGACAACACACGACUGGAUCCAAGAUUGAAGUUUUGGCGUGACGGCGAGCCAGACAACUGGACAGGGUCGAAAUCUGAUGGAGAGGACUAUCCUGAUGGAGAGGACUGUGUGAGGAUGGGGGUGGAAUACCUGCAGUCCUGGAGCGAUAAAUCCUGUGAAUCGCCUCAAAAAAGUAUUUGUGAGAAACCAGAAGAAGCAUGUCCCUGAAAUCCAGUUGGAUCAGAUUGAGCUCGAGUCCUCAGCCACUUUCACAAACUGAGGCAUGAUGCUUUAUUAAUGAAGAUCUUCUCCAGACAUAAACAACU